AUGGUUUUCACCGCCCUCACCCUCGUCCUUUUCUUCGUCCGAGCCUGCUGCUACGAAGGUUCAUUCUUUGAAAGCGUUCAGGAGGCGAGAAAGAACGAAGUUGCCGUCUUCAUAGAGAAGUACGGGUUAGCACUCAAUGCAACUUACACCACCUCCAACGAGCCGCACCAGGACGGUAUCGCCAAAGCUGAGCCUUCAUGUGCAAGAAACUGGGCUUCGUGCCGCUCAACUUAUUUUUUCGACCGCAGGGUCCUGACCAAUGUGGUCAAUGUGACCUUUGGCGACAUGAGCAAUGAGGAUCAUGCAUUCUCAAUGUACCAGCCCGUCGACGGCGAAACCAGCGCUGCCACAAUCGGAAUGAAACAGUCGACGGCCGUGCUGGAGCCAACUACGCCAGGUUGGCAGGCUGCGUUGACGAUAUCCCCGGAAUCCGGUGUUAUCAGUUCAGUCACCGGGGACGGCGCUGUCAAACUACGCGAGCACAAAGCUCGUCAGAUAAUAGUGACGAAGAAGGUCUCGAUCGAAUGUAGUUGCGCCGCCGGCCAUCACUGCACCAUCGAGACCUUGUCGUUUUAUGCCAUGGUAUCUGGCACCUGCCGUGUUCAGCCGACGCAUCAUUGCGAUGCCGACCAGGAUGCAUGCUAUGGUUUCCGGCAGACCGAAAGACGACGAAGCGAAUAUCUGAACUAUCAUGGCUACCCGGAACAUCUUUCACGAGACAAAUUGCCCGAAUGGGUGACGAAGAAUGGCAAAUGCGAUCAGCUGUUCCAGUUCUCAGCCAAAAACUGCCGUAGCAGGGAUCACUACCGCGAGGUACCGUGCGAGUUGAAUACGGCGGUGCUGAAAGAGGACGGUUCUCCGCACAUUCACAUCAUUUUCACCAGCACUCCGCUUCAGAAUCUCACCAGAACGAAGAGAGAGCCACAUGUAUAUGUCAAAGCUCUGUGGAGGGACUAA